AAUGCACUCAAAUUCUCAGACUAACAAAGAUUCAGAAAUAGAAUUUGCCAAAGUUCCUCGUGCUCCUUCACCCCUCAGUAGUGAAACAAAUUUUGAUGACCAAUCUAAACAAGAUACCAUAAAGAACCAAAAUAUCGAAAACAAAAUAACCUACAAGAGAGUUGAUGCCACUUUAUCUAUAAUGGCAGGGACAGGUCAUCCAAAGAAUUAUGAGAAAGAGCUUUACUCAGUUAAGAAUAACAGUAAAUUCAAAGAGAUUAAAAUCAAAUAAUGAAUCUUCUUUUAAUCCAAGAGCAAAAAACAAAAUGAACAGAAAGAGAUUUAAUGAAACUUUGAUAAAAACUAGCAAAAUGACUACUCGUCAUUUAUCAGGUCCUUCUAUUCCUGGUCGAACUCAGAAAAUUUUAAAAUAAGUCCCCUCAUGCUCAACAAGUAAAUAAAUUUUUAAAUGGAAGCAUGAGAUACCGCAUUCAUAAAAGAGGGUCUAGUCUUCAAACUAAUUUAGACAAUUCAUUUAGCAAAGAAGACAUUAUUAAAUUAGCUGAAAGAGCAAGACCAUCUAGCUUGCUCAGAGAGAAGCGCAAAGGAUUUUCAACUUCUUCUCACCGUUUUGAUAAGAAAUUUGAAUUUGAAAGAUUCUAUGAUACAACUCCUGGACCUGGAUCAUAUAAUCUAAUUAAAAAGCUGACUGACAAAGCUCAAGAGUUGAAAGAUAUUCAUGAUAAAAACUCUGAUUUUUAAAAAGAAUCAAAAGAACAGAAGUACUAUCUCCAGUAUUAUGAAUAAUUCAGCAAUUUUACAACCACAAACAAAACUUGAGCCAAUCCAGAAAGGAACUUUCGGACUUAGCCAGAGAAUUGCUUUUGAGAGUGAAAAUUCUCCUGGACCUGGCCAAUAUAACAGUGUCGACUUAGAAAAGAACUCGAAUAAGAAAAGAAUAAUUUCUUAUAAGAUGAAAGACAAAAGGCCGGCUCUAAAACUACCGUUCUCUCUGAGUAAUCCUUUGAAUUAUGUCAAUUCUUACACAGUAAAUGUUUACUACAAACCUGGGUUUCCUGAAGCCGGAUUCUAUAAUCCCGAUACCGACCAGAGUAAUGUAAGAGGAGAUGUUAAGUUUGAUAUGAAAUCAAAAAGAAAGGAAUUAUUCCCAAAGACAGAGAAUACUGACGUUCCUAUUCAGUACGACUCACAUGGAGCAUUUAAUAAAUAAAUUUAUUGGCUUGAACAAUUCACCAGGGUUGUGACAACCAACAUCUAGAAAACUUGUGCAUCUAAGCAUGUUUGGAGACGGCAGUAGUGGCCCUAAUGCUGAAGCCUCCUCAAAAGAUCAAGAAAAUAAAAUAAAACCACACUCAAAAGAACUCAAAGAUUUGUUAGAUCCGAAAAAGGUACAAAACAAGAGUUUGUUACCAAAUGAAAACGGGAUGGGGGAUCUUAGUCGUGAUCGUUUUGGAGCGCCAAUAGAAUCCAAAUCUGUUAAAUUCAAAACACCCGGGCCUGGAGCUUAUGAAAACGACUAUAUCCAAUCAAUCAAAAAGAAUUCUCAUAAACUCUGAAUGAUAGGGCAAUCUGAAAGAAAUUAUACGUUUGGGAUGGAUAACAUUGAAAUCAAUCCAGGACCAGCUUAUUAUGACCCUCCAGUAGUAGACAAAAAGAUUUCGUUUCAUUAUGAUCGAGCUGACUAAUUUUACCUAAAUACUUCAAUUA